CAGUAGGCGCAAAGUGAGUUUUUAAAUUGCUUUCAUGACAACACGCUCAGCUAGUCGCUGAGUGGACUAUGGUGAAUUUGCCAGCUGUCAUGAGGACCACAGAGUUUGAUUCAUCUGAUGAGGAGGACACGGGAGAAGAGCAGUGCACCCCUCUCCUAAUCUCCUGGCUAUCUUUGUCUGUGGUGGAGAGCUCCCAGUCUCUGGGUAUUUGCUCACUGCCAGGGUGCAAGUACAAAGACGUAAGGAGGAACCUGCAAAAGGACAUGGGCCAGCUGCAGGAGCAGGGUGUGGAGGACGUGUUUGUGUUGUGCACGCGGGGGGAGCUGCAGCGCUAUCGGGUGCCGGGGCUCCUGGAGGCCUACAGCCAGCAUGGCCUCACCAUCCACCACCUGCCCUUCCCAGACGGCUGUGCCCCGGAGCUGCCCCAGUGCUGCCAGAUCCUGGAGGAGCUGCAGGCUAGCCUGCAGGCCAACCGCAGAACCAUCAUCCAUUGUUAUGGAGGUCUUGGUCGUUCAGCACUAAUUGCGGCGUGUCUGCUACUACAGCUCUCUGUCUCCAUGACGCCCAACAAAGCCAUCGAGAUCCUCCGGGAGCUGAGAGGAGGCGGGGCCAUUCAGACAGUCAAGCAAUAUAACUUCCUUCAUGAGUUCCGGGAAAAGUUUGCUGAAUAUCAGGAGAACAAAGCUUAUUCAGAGAGAUCGGUGUCCCGGUAACUCACAACCAUUCCACCCCUCAGGAGAUUUGAGAUUCUGAUUAUCAUAAGGGAAAAUACUGCUUUGCUUUCAAUUGUGGAGAAAAUGCUAUCGGCUUGAUUAUGUUUCAUAAAGAGUGUUAAUUUUUUUUAAUUGCACUUUAUAAGACAAAUGGGUAAUUUUGCAGAAAUCUUUUAAGUUUUAAUUUUCCACUUUUGUCUGGGAGAAAGAGUUUGUAGAGCCGAUUUUCAGUAUGCACCUUGAGAAGUAAAUUAUGUGAAUGACCACCAAAUAAAUGUGAAUAAAAGGGAUAUAUUUGGUACAA